UUGGUUCUUUUGGAAGCCUCUUUGUGAUGAGGAUUGAGUUGGCUCUCAAGCUCAAAGCCAUAAGCUAUGAAUACUUGAGCAACAAGAGCCAACUCCUAUUACAAAACAUAAGAAGGUCCCUGUGUUUUUACAUAACAUGGCGGAAAGUCAAUUGUUGAAUCUCUCAUCAUCCUUGAAUAUAUUGAUGAAAAUUUGAAGGAUUUACCAGCUUUGAUGCCUGAUGAUCUUUAUAGAAAAGCAAUUGCUAGGUUUUGGGCUGAUUUUUUCAAUCGUAAGUUUCUAGCCAGCAGGGCAGCUGUUCUCAAGACUGAAGGCGAAGAAAAAGAGAAGGCCAUAGCUGAAUUCACAGAAAACAUUAUGGUGCUCGAAGACGGCUUUUGUAAGGACUUCAGCGACCUCCAACCUUUCCUUAACGGCAAAACCUUCGGCUACCUUGACAUUGUUGUGGGUUCAAGCUUGGCCUGGAUCAAAGUACUGGAGGAGAUCACAAAAGAGAGGUUUCUUGCACUAGAGAAGACCCCUUUCAUCUCUUCUUGGAUGUCUAAUUUCUGUGAAGUUGGUGUUGUCAAGGAAGUUUUGCCUGAUCAUGGCAAGCUACUUGCAAUCUCCCAAGGCUAUAGAGACAGGGCCCUUAGCUCUAGCAAAUAA